GUUGCUAUGCGUGUUCCGUGCAACCUGGGCUGGGAUCCACGUAUUAAAACAUACACAACACCACCCAUUCUUCUUCUCCCAUGAUGCUACUGCACUCGCCUCAGCCCUGUGCCGCUGCUGAAUCUCCUGCCUCGCUCGCAAAUGUCAUGUUUUCAUACGAGACUGAAUAGCAAGCGCUUCACUCAACGCCGUACUGGAUUAAUUAGCGUUUCCUGAAUUUUUUUCAAAGUGGGAUUUAAUAACAAUAAUACAAAAAACAAACAAAAUUAAACCGCCUGGAUGAUUAACACAAUAAGACAGGUGCCUUCUAAGGUACUGAACCGGAGAUCAACGAACACCUUGGAAGCGGAGAGGGAGCAAUUUGAUAAGGUGCAGUGCACCAGCAUCAGCAAAGCCAUCAGCUCGAGCGAGGCCCCUGUCAAGGAGAAACAUGCACGCAGAAUUAUUUUGGGGACCCACCAUGAGAAAGGCGCCUUCACCUUCUGGUCCUACGCCAUCGGCCUCCCCUUGCCCAGCAGCUCCAUCAUCAGCUGGAAAUUCUGCCAUGUCGUGCACAAAAUCCUCCGUGACGGGCACCCCAAUGUACUCCAGGACUGUAUGAGACACCAGAGUAAUAUUCGGGAAAUGGGGAGCUUGUGGGGUCAUUUACAUGAUAAGUAUGGACAGCUGGUGGCGAUCUACUCCUCGCUUCUGAUCAACAAGAUGAAUUUCCAUGCAAAGCGCACUCAAUUCCCAGGAAACCUGGAGAUGCAGGAUGAGGAGCUGGAGAAGGCUGCUGGAACAGACAUCAAUUACGUUUUCCAGCUUACAGUGGACUUGUUUGAUUACCUGAGCUGUGAACUGAAGCUUGCUGAGACUGUGUUCAGGCAGCUCAACACCUCCAUCGCUGUGUCUCAGACUUCCUCCGGGCAGUGCAGGCUGUCUCCAAUGAUCCAGGUGAUCCAGGACUGCAGCCACCUGUACCACUACAUCGUCAAGCUGCUCUUCAAACUGCAUGCGUGUUUGCCAGUGGAAACAUUGCAAGGUCACAGAGAGCGGUUCCAUGACCAGUUCCACAGCCUUAAAAACUUCUUCAAUCGAGCGAGAGACAUGCUGUACUUCAAGAGACUGAUCCAGAUCCCAAAGCUGCCUGAUAGCCCUCCUAAUUUCCUGCGCGCCUCUGCGCUGGCGGAGCACGUCAAGCCCGUGGUGGUGAUGUCUGAUGAAGUGCCAGACGAUGAAGAACCAGAGGCUCUGAUAGAGGUCACCUCCGCCCCACAAACCCAACAGCAGAAUGUGGUGGAUAUGUUUGAUCAGGCCUUUGGCCCUCCGUCUAACGGUUUUGAUGACAGGGACGUGCAGAUAGACAAUCUGAAGCGAGAAGUGGAGAUGCUUAGAGCCGAACUGGAGAGGAUCAAAUCAGAGGCCCAGCGCUACAUCACUCAGCUCAAGUCUCAGAUCAACAGCCUGGAGGCGGAGCUGGAGGAGCAGCGAACGCAGAAGCAGAAGGCGCUGGUGGAGAACGAGCAGCUGCGCAUGGAGCUGGAGAGCCUGCGGAGGCAGCGGGCCGAGGGGGAGAGCCAGCUGGGACAGGUCCUCGAGGCGGAGAAGAGAGCCCAGGCCACAGAGCAGCGCUACAACAAGCUGAAGGACAAGCACAAUGAUCUGGUCAGCAGCCACGCAGAGCUCCUCAGAAAGAGUGCGGACACUUCAAAAAUGCUGAGUGCGACCCAGCAGUCUCAGGAGGAGGUGGCCAGAACCAAACAGCAGCUGGCAUUCGAGGUGGAGCAGGUCAAACAGGCGUCCGAGAUGAAGAUUGAAGAACAAAAUGUUCAGCUGGAGAGACUCCGAAGGGAACUGGAGGCCAGCCGGGCUGAACUAUCCCACAUUCAGAGCACGCUGCAGAGCUCCGAGCAGUCUGGGCAGAAGCUGAGCAGCAUGCUGGGGGGUCUGCAGGAGGAGGAGGGGGUGCUGAGGAAGAAGCUGGCACAGCAGGAGGCGGAGCUCUGCUCUCUGAAGAGCGAGGUUCAGCAGAGCCAGUCCUCACUCCAGCAAGAGAAGGAAAGGAGCUCUCGGGAACUUGGGGAGCUGCAGGGGAGACUGAGGGAGAAGUCGAGCCAGGAGGAUCUUCUCCAGCAAAAGCUCCUGGACGAGCAGUUCAGGCUUCUGCAGGGGACGGUGGCGGAGGCUGAGAACAUCAUUCAGGACGCCGUGGCCCGGCUGGAUGACCCCCUGCACAUCCGCUGCACCAGCUCCCCAGAUUACCUGAUCUUCAGGGCAGAGGCCACGCUGGGCUCUAUCGACUCUGUGCAGCGCGGACACGCUGAGUACUUGAAGAACAUGGGAGAUGCUGGGAGCCUGGUGCGACCCCUCACUCAGUUUGCCCACCUGACUGCAGACACCAUAGUGAAUGGCAGUGCCACUGCACACCUGGCACCCACUGACCAUGCCGAUAAGCUAACUGACAGCUGCAGGGACUGUGGGAAUGUAAGCUUACAGUUUUUGAAAGACUUGAAGAGCAAACAGUCUUUGGCACGCGCGAGCCCAGUGGCUAUCAAACUGAUCAUUGAGAAGAUCCUGCAGCUGGGCAAGGACCUGAGGCCUAAAAGCAUGGACUUCAACCAGGAGGAGCUGGGAGACAUGGUGGAUAAAGAGAUGGCAGCUACUUCAGCAGCCAUUGAAGAGGCAGUCAGAAGAAUUGAGGAAAUGAUGAACCAGGCUAGAAAAGACAGUUCUGGAGUGAAGCUGGAGGUCAAUGAAAGAAUCCUGAACUCCUGCACAAACCUGAUGAAGGCUAUCCAUCUGCUUGUCACGGCCUCAACAGAACUACAGCGGGAGAUUGUGGACAGUGGACGGGGGGCAGCAACACAGAAGGAGUUCUAUGCUAAGAAUUCUCGCUGGACAGAAGGUUUGAUUUCUGCAUCCAAAGCAGUGGGCUGGGGAGCGACUCAGAUGGUGGAGUCCGCAGACAAGGUUGUUCUACACACGGGAAAAUAUGAAGAGCUGAUUGUGUGCUCACACGAGAUCGCAGCGAGCACAGCACAGCUCGUUGCUGCUUCCAAGGUCAAGGCUGACCUCCAUAGCAAAAAACUCACUAAGCUCCAGCAGGCAUCUCGCCAUGUCAACGAUAUGGCUGCCAAUGUGGUGGCCUCAACCAAAUCUGGACAGGAACAGAUUGAAGACAAGGACACCAUGGAUUUCUCCGGCAUGUCCCUGAUUAAACUCCGGAAGGAAGAGAUGGAGUCCCAGGUGAAGGUAUUGGAGCUGGAGACCCAGCUUCAGGGCGAGAGGAUGCGUCUUGGCGAUCUGAGGAAGAAGCACUAUGAGCUGGCCGGGGGGUGUGAUUUCUCCCCUGAGGAAGCAGUCCUAGUCAAGGAAGCCCCAGCAUCUUUGAUGGCAAAUAAACCCAGCAUCCUUAAGAAACCCCCACUGGCUCAGAAACCUACCAUGCCCCCCAAGAACAACUCUCAGUUAAAUAUCUCUGACGGACUCUACAAAGCACAUUUUAGGCAUUAGAAGAAUCAAAACGGAGAGGACCAUGCUGAAUUACAGAAGCUGGGACUGUUGUGCCACUCUGCAGGGUGCCCACUCCUCUCACUCGAACCUCAGUUACCGGAGGUUAGCAGCUCUCCGGUCUCAUCGGCCCUUCAUAAAGAAACACCCAACAGGGCAACAAUGGCCACUUUUAUUUUGUUGUCAAAUUAAAAACUCCUCUGCUUUUGAUCAACUUUUUUUUUUUUUGAGUUGUCCCUCUUGUGGUGUUUUGAUCUCUGAACCCAAACUACACUUUUUUCUUAUGUUACACACACUAGCUAGUAUACAGUACAUGCAAUGCUGUAGCAUGUACUACUGUAAACACAUCUUUUGUUGAUGUUUUUUUUUUUGUUUGAAAAGCAGAGUUGGUAUGGCAGGGUGUUUUAUAGACUGACUUUUACUGAGCCUGGCUGAAUUCACUAGUAAUGAUGACCACCUGUGAGAGAUCUCAGCAUUGAAAAGGGGAUUCUUGUUACCAAUACAGCCAGUUACUGUGCUUCCUGUUGUGGCAAAGGGUUUUGCUUAUUGUUUGGCAUUCAGUACACUGUGUAUGAUGUACAUGGGCAGCAACUACCUGGAAAACACCGAUGCCUGAAAAGAAAAUGCACAAACAUAGUGAAUAUUUCCCAAUUAUAAAUAUUUCUUUAAAGUAAAUUGUGUUUUUAAAACUCUAAACUACUCCUUCUUUUCAAAGACCAUUUCAUUGUGAUCUGAAAUACUGUAAUGCAAUUACACAAUGUGUAUCAUGAUCCUAAUUCAUAUGUUGUAAGGGUCAGCCCAGGAGUAGCAAUAUUGUUGUUCUGAGAAUAAGUUGCUUUCAUAUUUUGUUAAAUGAGAACAGUUUUGUAAAGAUGAUUUAAAAAAAAUUAAAUGCACACUAAUCCUGGUAUCAAAUAAUAUAAAUCAUUUAAUGUACAUUGUGCAACUAUUGACUUACAAGGCUAGCUUGCAAAUGCCAUGUGCAACAGCGGGUGAGGGUGAAUGCAGCACACAAAGUACCAUUGAAUGUAGUUGUAUGUACAGUAUGUUGCUUAAGGAAACAAAGCCUGUAUCCACAAUCUCUUAACAGCUGUGCUUUUUUUAGGUUUGGGUGUAGCUCGUGUCAUUGAGGUUCAUAACAUCUAGAUUGUGUAGUUGUAGCAUGAAUAUUAUCAGCUCAGAUAUUUUUGCUUCUCACUGUGCAUAAAGUCUGAAAAAUAUUCUCUGUAUCACAAAUGGAAAUUGUAAAUAGUUUUCUGAACAUAUGAAGAAUUCUCUGGCACCUGCCGUGAGUCGCUUCGUAAUGGGUACAGUACAUAUGAUUAAAGGGGUUAAUUAAAGGUUGUUCUCUCUUAACUGUUGUCUUUUAUAUACUCAGAUCUUGAUUAUAUAUUUUAGGAAAGACCAAUGUGAUUCUGUAAUAAAGGUGAAAUCAGCAAUAAACAUUCAUAAACGCU